AUGUCGCACGCAGAUCUCCAUGGCCUCCAGGGGCUCCAAGGGCUGCAUGAUGGGUUGAGAAGCCCCGAUGCAGAGUCAGUGUACUCAUUAACUGAAAUUCAAGACGAAUAUCAUGAAUGGGUUACCGAGUCUCGUCGAUCAUCGCGACAUGAUCCAUUACUGGACAACUUCCCCCAACCACCGAGAAUGGAAAGCUUAGAUCCAAUUGACGAAGAGAUGGAGAUGUACCCCACACCAAAGCCUUCGAUCAAGAAUCUGCGUCGCCAUGCCACGGCCAAUGAGCUCCCUCUUUUACAGCAAAUCAAUCCGAAUGAGGGAGCCCCAGAAUUCAACCCCGUCAGUGAGGAGAGUGGCUCAUUCGAUCUCAUUGCGCCCUAUGAUGGCGGUGAUUUACCACUAUACAAGCUAGAACGAACUGCAGACAUAAUGUUCUCUUCCGAACAUAUGCUCACAAUCCUCAAUAACCCCCGGUAUCUAGCUCGAUUCCGUGAUUUUCUUCUGGAAGAACGGCCGCGCUCGAUCUCCACCCUCACAUACUACCUUAACGCCUCCAAAGCGCUCAAGGCUAUUCAGUAUGCUAAUGCGCUCAUCCGUCUGUCAGUUGAUGUGCCUCCCCCAGCAGUCAAAACGGACGAGGAAGCUGCCGGCGUGACCGUGAACCGGGUUCUGGAACAACGUGUUGUAGACGGGUUGUUAGCUCUAACUGCCGAGGAACUUCCUGCAUUCAUCACGUCAAGAUGUAUCGCCAUCACAAGCAAGAUCGUCGUUGAGCGAAUCCGAGGAACUUUACCGAUGAAGUUCCGCGGGACUUCGAAUGCACUAGCAGAAGUAUUUUGCUUGACGGACCCAUCACGACCUGACAAUCCAAUUAUUUUCGCAUCAGAGGAAUUCCACAGAACAACACAAUACGGUAUGGAUUACGUGCUUGGUCGAAACUGUCGCUUCCUUCAAGGCCCGAAGACAAAUCCAAACAGUGUUCGUCGACUUCGUGAAGCUAUCCAUGCAGGCCGGCAUCACUCGGAAAUGUUUCUUAACUAUCGUCGCGACGGCUCUCCUUUCAUGAACCUGCUUCAGUGCGCGCCCCUAUGCGACAGCCAUGGGCGCGUCAAAUACUUCAUCGGCGCACAGAUUGACGUCUCGGGACUCGCGAUGGAGGGAGCCUCGAUGGAAUCAUUCAUGGAACUACAAAACAAACACCGCGAGCCGGAUGAAGAGAGCAUCGUGGAACAACUAGAGCCGGAAGAGAAGGAUGAGUUCCGGGAACUGACUGAACUGUUCAGUCCGCGGGAACUCUCCGCUGUUCAAAAGCAUGGUGGACACCUAUUCCAGCCUCUGAAAAGCAACCCGUCUCCUCAUCAUCCGCGAUCAUGGCUGCAGCAUGAUACAUCGCUAGAACGCGAGACUGAAGCCAUCCGUCUGCAAGAAAUGAAAUCGCCCUUUUUCCGGAUGUCAUUUGCGGGCGUGUAUGAGAAUUAUCUCCUCGUUCGACCUUAUCCUUCCCUUCGGAUUCUGUUCACGUCACCGGCCCUUCAAAUCCCAGGUAUGCUGCAAACAUCGUUCCUAUCGCGCAUCGGUAGUUCCUCGGCAGUGAAAGAUGAUCUGCUACAAGCUAUGAUUGUUGGUCGCAGUGUGACGGCACGUAUCAAGUGGAUAACCCGCACCAAUCCCGAGGGUCGCAACCGCUGGGUCCAUUGCACGCCUUUACUUGCGAGUAAUGGUCAAGUAGGUGUGUGGAUGGUUGUAGUCGUGGAUGAUAAGGAGGAGCAGGUAUUUAAUUGGCGCAAUUAG